UUCAGAUUCCCCGUGCAAAACAAAUCCUCCAGCAGCCACACUGAUUUAUUCCACACCGGUGAUAUGGAAAAUAACGAACUGCCCCUCGCUGCGAUAUCAAAUCAACCCGUCCCUAGUGAGAGAUGCGUCUCUUCUACCCAUGAUUAUCCCAUCACGAGUGGACCGGUCCUGUACCCUCCCUAACAGUGCUGUCACCUUCACGCAGUUUAAUUCGGCUCCCGCUGCAGACGGAGCACUUUGAAUUCGCUACGCCUUGGUUAGAAUAUUUGUGGCUUAAUUUAUUGCAUAAUUGUAGCGCUUCAUUGCAGUCUAAUCAUCUGGGUCCAUGCCAGCGAAGGGCGGCUCUCCCCGAUGCAUAUAUAUGCGCCUGGUAUUUCUGUGAGCGUGCACGAGUCUGUAGCAAAGCCACAUCAAACCUGCUGUGCUGCUGUAAAGCCGGCUUAAAUGCGAAAGCUGUGUCUGGCCAUAUAUCCGCUUAAAAGACAUAAUCUGUGUUGGACCAACUUUUCUUCGUACGGGGGCGAGGUGAUAUUACCAUCCGGACUUCCAACCGUGGGGAUCUCUCUAUUGCAUCGGUCAAUUCUGGCCCCCGACACUGAGUCCGAAGCAUGAAGUGGUACCGGCUGCUGGCGCUCUUCAUCACAUUCGUAGCCGCCCUGCUAAUCGGCGCCGUGGUCUUCAAAUAUUUGGAGGAGACCUACCACCCUGGUGUUCCCGCGCCCGAAACUACUACUCCCCGACCUGAGGGGGACGAGCUGGCGGUGGUGGAGGACUUCGUCUCCCGGAAGAACCUCUGCGUCACCUCGGAGGAACUCUUCGAGCUCAUCGAUGCGGUGCAGCAGGUGCGGAGCGCAUCAAUUAAUCAAGAUUUUGUCAACGUCACCGAGAAUGUCAAGAAUGGCACGAGAAGAACGCCGUACAAGAUCGGGUUCUUCGACUCCUUCUUCUUCUGCGGUACGAUCGCCACCACCAUAGGGUAUGGGCACAUCUAUCCAUUCACAGACGCCGGCAAGGUGUUCUGCAUCGCCUACGCCCUUGUAAGCAUUCCGCUUACCCUAUUCAUGCUGGCUGGCAUUGGUGGGAAGCUGGGAAAUGCCAACAGAUGGGUGGAGAAUAGGGUCAAAAGAGUUAUCCGUCGUCCCUAUCUGAUCCGGGUCUUUAUGGUGCUGUUCAUCAUCAUAUUCGGUCUGGGCCUGUUCUGCUUUGUCCCGGCCUACCAUCAUCCAUGUACCGUGGGAGAAGUGGAGCAACCUGGACGCUCUGUAUUACGUCUUCAUCACGCUCAGCACCGUCGGUUUGGGGGACAUGUUUGUGGCGCAAAACCCUGUCAAGGAACACUGGCCCUACGACCUUUUGGCACAAGGGGGGCGGGCCUGUGCUGGAUCGUAGUCGGUCUGAGCUUUUUGGCCACCGUCUUUGAUCUCAUUGCUGAGGCCAUGCGAGGGCUGAAAGAGAGGCUGGAGGAAGAGAUGCGGUCUAAUCAACAUCUUCGACAGGUGACGGACUUCGCGGGGAAGUUUGGGCACGAGGCCAAGGAUCUGGCUGGGAAAGUCGGGAAGGUGGGGUCAGAGGUCGCUCAUGUUGCCAGCAUGCCGGUCAAGGGCAUCAAGAAGAUGGCGCAGGGUGAGGGCUCGAAGGAGAAGAUAAAGGAUGGCAAGGAGACUGGGAAGGAUGACAAGAAGAAGGGCAAGGAUGACAAGAAGAAGAAGGCGACAACACCAAGCGAAGAAGACGCCAUCGUUGGAACUGAGGGGAGCUACAAGAAAACUGGAAGCCAUGAGAACCUACCCGAACUAGACGUACCCAAUGGACCGGAAAUACCGGCUCAGAGCCAGGAAGUGGCGACAGACGAUCAAAAGAUUCCACAAGAGGGGAUACAAAUGGAGGACAUUCCCGUUAAAGAAGAAGGAGAAACUGCCAAGAAAAGUCCAGAAGACCAGCCGACUGAUUCGACCAAUCAGGCUUCUGACGAUACAGCCUCUCCUGAUGUGAAGGAAUUGGAAACGAAGGAACCGGUGAAGCAGGAGGUACCGGAUAUGAAGCCAGAGGUACCAAAGGGUAAGCCAGAGGUACCAAAGGGCAAGCCAGAGGUACCGAAGGUGAAGCCUGAGGUACCGAUAGGAAAGCCAGAAGUAAAGGAAGUGACCCCAGAGGUACCGGAGGGGACGUCAGGUGAACCGGAAGUGAUUCCAGCGGUACCAGAAGCGGCAAUUCAGUCGAAUGAAAACGCGGCAAAACCACAAGAGGCGGAACCAGCAAAGGUCGAGCACGUCGACGAAACUUCAGGAUCCCAAGAGAAAACAGCUGGUUCAGAGAAGGAGUCUCCCGCUGGAAAAGACGACACGGCAGCAGCUGCUGAGGCAACAGAAACCCAAGAUUCUACCGCUAAAAAACAGGAAGACUUGGACAGAUUCAUAGUCAACAUGAAGUGGAAGAGUCUUGCAGGACUAAUCGUGACAUUUUUCCUGUAUUUGAUGAUCGGAGCUUUUGUCUUUAUGGGUGUCGAGAAGCAGCCGUACGUAGGCAAUCUAACUGAGGUGAAGAUGAACUUUCUUCGGAACAAAAGUGGCUCUAUCGACAUGGAAGAUCUGGACGCUUUCGUCGAGGAAGUCCUUCAAUCUGUGGGAGUGAAAACCGCCAUACCUCCCGCCAACUUCACAGCCAAGCCGUGGCCGUUCUACGAGGCUCUGUUCGUGUGCGGGACUAUGGUCACAACAAUAGGAUACGGACACAUCACUCCCAAGACAGUGGGAGGUCAGAUCUUCUGUGCUGUGUACGCUCUGUUCGGCAUCCCGGUAACGUUGUUCAUGCUGACUGGGAUAGGAGAGAAGCUCAGUAACGUCAGUCGCUUCGUCGAGAAAAAAGUCCGGAAAAGGGUGUCCAAUCAGAAACUCAUCCGCAUCAUCAAUUUGCUGAUGAGUCUCGUCUUUGGUCUGGGAUUAUUUUGUUUCCUCCCCGCGUACCUCUUCACUAUAGUUGAGGGCUGGGAAUAUCACACCGCGCUGUAUUUCGUCUUCAUCACUCUGACGACGGUUGGCUUUGGGGACUACAUCCCCGCACAACACCAUCACGAUCACCAGGCUCACGACCCGUACACCGACGCAGUGUACAAAACCGCGGUCUUCUGUUGGAUCAUUGUCGGACUGACCUUCCUUGCCGGCAUGUUCAAUCUGAUUUCUGAGGGGCUGAAGGAGUUGAAGAAUAAAGUUGAGGACGCGACCAUGGCUAAUCUGAACACGGUGAAGCGGCUGACUACCAUGGCCAUAGACCGCGGGAAGAGCCGGGACCCCUCCCCUCACAGAUCGUCCUCUGACCUGUCUGAAUCUGACCAACAGCCGAUCCUCAGCCUUCUGUCGUCUGCAAGCUCGGAAAAACACCUGAAGGUUCCUCAGGAAGCAAACAACGGAACGUCGCGGUAGACUGACAAGACCACGAUGUAUUGGAUUUAAAGAACAUUGACAACAAAACAACAACAGCAAAACGAAUCAGAAUCUCGUAACACUGAUCACAUUUUACCUGAAGAAUUCACUCAUGGUCUAUUCAUGCAAGAUAAAGCGUUUUCAAGUGUAAACAAGGAAUGACAAUACUUUCCAGAGUUUGAUAUGUACGAAGGAUGUGUACAGAUGUACAAACUGACAUACCGAGGAGCAUUGCAACACUCAAUACAACAUGACAACGUACAAUAGGAUCCUCGGGCGGCAAAGACAUACUCACAAGCAUGACUAUCCAGCUCUAGAAAAGCAGACACUGAAAAGGAUAGGUAGCUUCAUUUCGUGACAAUGUCAAUGGAAACCACAAGUGUCUUAUAACUUAAUGCUUUAUCCGAGUCUACAUAGGUAGGUAGAUUUAAGACUAAUGCAUGAAGCAGGUUAUACAUAUUAAUGAUAACAUUAUAUCCCAUAUCAAAUAUUCGCUCCCGAACUAACGUCCGUGAGAUAGAAUAUAAACGUGGCUUGCAAUAAGGGUGUCUUAUCCAGAUUGACUUGAUGUAUUUUGUGAUACAAGCAUACAUGUAAGCAGGACUUGUGUACCUAUCGGCCGUGUACUAAUAUUGUACAGAUUUACAUACAAUACAGCACAUGCAUGAUGCAACAGAUCUAGAAUGAAGCUGCCGUGAUUCAUUUAUGUACUUGAAACUGGGUUGUCUAUUUUCUAGCAAGCUCAAGUAUUAGGAUCAGUUAUAUGAAUGUUUGAUUCAGUGUUAGAGCAUAUGAACAUGGCUAUCCUUCACUUUUUAUGAGACGUAAAAUGUCCUUUGCAACAUAGUUGGAGCUAUGUACAGAAUAGGUUGUGCAAAUAUUCCACCAAUUGUUCAUUUGUCAUGCCAAUCCCUGGUUUACCGAACACUGUAAAAUGGAAGAUGUUCGUUGGGAUUUAAUUUCACGGUAGGGGAAAAUGACAUGUUUUAGUUUGAUUGAAUCCGCAGGGUUAUGCUGUAAAGAGGGAAAUAUUCACGGUGUUUAUAUUCUCGGUGAAAACGUCAACGUUUAAACCACAGCGAACAGUUUUCACUUUACAGUAUUGCAGACGUGCUAUCGACUUGUUAUGUGUACGUAAGGAGACUAAUUUUAGCUUGAUGUCGCUGACAUGUUUCGCUUUGUACGGCAAUAACAAAACAGUCUUUUCAAUGGACGCCAGGGCAUUAGAUGCCGUAACGGCUAGAUGUGUUUCCUGUGUUUUUGGUUCCAAACAUCGCUUCACGCUUGCAGCAAAUUGAACAUCUCACGCGAUAGAGCCUAAUUGUGCUUUCAUCCACUUUGUCGCAUUGUCUGAGUUCACAUUAAGGUCGUUUAUAACUCCCCGAGGACCUAAUUGUCCUAAUUUUCAAGUUAAAAUGUGUCUUUUUCAGCCGUGAAGAUCCAUUAGCGUUGCAUGUCAACCGCCUAAUGCACUGUCAUCUCCACAUAGACCCGCGCACUUGUACUUCAGGAAGGCGUUUGCGGCAACUGCGUGAUCACCAGUAACAAGGAAAAUACAGUACUCCAGG